ACAAUCUCACUCUGUUGCCCAGGCUGGAGUGCAGUGACGCGAUCUCAGCUCACUGCAAUCUCCGCCUCCUGGGUUCAAGCGAUUCUCCUGCUUCAGCCUCCUGAGUAGCUGGGAUUACAGGUGCGCACGACUAUGCCCGGCUAAUUUUUGUAUUUUUAGUAAAGACGGGGUUUCACCAUGUUGGUCAAGCUGGUCUCAAACUCCUGACCUCUGAUCUGCCCGCCUUGGCCUCUCAGAGUGUUGGGAUUACAGGCGUGAGCCACCGUACCUGGCCUGGAUUUAACAAGUCUUAGCUCAGUUCUUAUUUAUCUUUCAGUCACCACACCUUGUGAGUUAAUCAUUGGACAAUAAUCAGCUUGGACAAUAAGUUAACCACUCUGAACCUAGGUUUCUUUGUCUACGAAAUAAAUGCAAUCUCUAAGGUCCUCCUCCAGCUUAAAUUUUCCAUGAUUCUGAAGAAUCAGGAUCAAGUUUAUUGUUUUAUGGGAAGUUGAACUGCAGUUCUCCAAAUACUAACUCUUCUCUGAUCUCCAUCUCUCUCGUAGAUUUAAAUCUCCCACAUUCUGGGAUGAGGGAUAGGUGUAGAGCUUCACAAAGGGAUGGGAAAAUAAAAUAUAAUAAUAUCUCACCUUGUCGGCAUGAGGAGGAACAUGAAGACUAAAAAGAUGAAACUGUCUUCUGUAAGGCUCUAUGAAACAGCAUAUAAAAAUGUAAAAAUUGGUAUAAAAAGGUUUUUCACUUUGGCUAAAAUGGAAGCCAUCCUGACAGCAGUGCCUCUUAGAAUUGCCUGGUGUCAUUUAAACCUGCUUACUACUAUCGUUUCUUUAACAUCUUUUCUGGUAUUUGGCCAUCCUUCUAUUCAUAUUGUUUUAGCUCCAUUUCCUUGAGUGUAAAUUCUUUUAUUUAUUGAGUUUGUUAUUUUCCUUGCAUGAUACUGACCUUACUCAGAUAUUUUAUCAUUCUUAGGGUGAGUGCAUGACUCAGACCUGUACAGUCGUUUCAUACACCUGGAUAGAGUGUUUAUGUAAGGGAUAUAUGACUCAACAGGACAAAAGAACUCCCAACAGAACCUUAGGACGCUGGCAGAAACUACCAGGAAAGAGAAGCUGUCUUGCUACUGAAGUUGCUGAGCUAUGAAGAAUGUAUGCUGUGAGCUAAUAGGAAGCAUUUUGCCACUCCGUAGGAAGAGCUUGCCUGAGACUGUAGAGACAAGAGAAACAGGUUUCCUGACUAUAUUGUUUCAGUACCUGGAUCCCACAGUCGGGGGAGAGUCCCCCUCGGGACUCUCAAUAACACAGCCAAUAAAUUCCCUUUUUGUUCAGCACAAGCCAUUUUAAAUCAUAAUUUUUUGUCACUAGCAACCGAAAUUAAUCAAACGAAAAUCUGUGAACCUGUAGAGAAAGUCCAUAGUUCUCUAACUUCACAUCAGUAGAUGCCCAAGGGGCCUUUCUGUUUUUUCGUUUUUGUUUUUGUUUUUUUGAGAUGGAGUCUCACUCUGUCACCCAGGCUGGAGUGCAGUGGUGCGAUCUUGGCUCACUGAAACCUCCACCUCCCUGGUUCAUGCAGUUCUCUGCCUCAGCCUCCCAAGUAGCUGGGAUUACAGGCACCCGCCACCACUCCCGGCUAAUUUUUGUAUUUUUUUAGUAGAGACGGGGUUUCACCAUGUUGGCCAGGCUGGUCUUGAAUUCCUGCCCUCAGGUGAUCCACCUGCCUCAGCCUCCCAAAGUGCUGGGAUUACAGGCAUGAGCCACCGCGUAGAGGUCAAUUGCGACACUACAGGAAAAGAAGGUAAAGUGGAGUCACAUCUGACUUCCAUUUACAUGCUGGUUUUAGAAACUCACCCCCAUGAAAGGUAUAACUUCGCAAUCUACUUAAUCCUCACAGCAGCAAACAAAUUUAUUAACAUUUAUUAAUGUUAAGGCUUAAUGUAAAAACAAUGGCAUAAAUCCUGCAGGUAAGUAGGAAAACUUCAGAAUUAUCCAUCUGCUGUCGAUUUAUCACAAGAGAUUAGAUUCUACCCUAAACGCAUAUUUUGGGAAUAUCUAAAUAUCUGUAAUAUGGUCUCUCCAGAAUUUUCUUACAUGAUGUGGAAAUCAAGAGCUACCUGCCUGAAGUUGAUAGAUUUAAAAAUGAUGAUUAAGUAUAAUAUUUGAAUUUAUGACAGGUAGCCAAUGGGAAAACAAUAAAAGAUAACAAAAAUUAGGAGAAAAAAGGGGUAGUGUAAAUGAUAUGGAUUUCUCAGCUUCAACAUUCAGGAGUGAAAUAAGUACUGCUUAAAGUUGAAAAAAUAAGAAAUGGAAGUAUAAGCAUUUAAUUUGGAGUUAUGAAAAUAAUCACCCAAAGAAAUCAAGAUAGAAAUGACAUGAAUGCUGAUGUCCACAGAGUGGGACCAGGUUGAGUGAGGGAGAUUGUUUGCUUUCAUUUAUGCCUCUUUUUUUCUACUUAGAUGUUUCAUUUUUGUGUGCACACAUUAUAUUUUUAUUUUAUUUUAAUUUUUGAGACAGUCUCCCUUUAUCGCCCAGGCUGGAGUGCAGCGGUGCGAUCACAACUCACUGCAACCUCGACCUCGUGGGCUCAAGUGAUCCUCCCACCUUAGCCUCUCAAGUAGCUGGAACUAGAGGUAUGUACCAACACACCCAACUAUGUUUUGUAUUUUUUGUAGAGACAGGGUCUUGCCAUGUAGACUAGGCUGGCCUUGAACCCCUGGGCUCAAGUAAUCUGCCCACCUUGGCCUCCCAAAGUGUUAGGAUUACAGGUGUGAGCCACCACGCCCAGCCUGUAAUUUUAAAUUGGCCAAAAAGACUAUGUUCAUCUAGGCAGCCUGCUCUUCUGCCCUCUAAAAUAUCCAUUGCGAGCAUUCUCUGCACCAUCAGAUGGCCUCCAUGUCAACGUCUCAGCUCCAAACUUACGUCUUCUUUUAAAACAGAGGAAGUGUCUGCCCACCUAAGGUUAAUCUCUCCACCUGUGUGUGGAUCCCAGCCACACCUAUGUCUGCAGAAAUUGCUAAUUACCCUCUUUCUCUUCAGAUCCUCAAACUCUCCUUUUCUGUGAGUUGCCUUCAAGCAGUGGGCAACAUGCUCAGGCUACUCCCAUCUGAAAUUGAAGCCACCUUGACCCCAUGACCCUGUCCAGCUUCCUCUAUCUUCUCCCCUUUACAGCCAAAUAUCUCCAUUUCCGACUCCUGAACUCACUCUGAUAUGGAGUCUUCCUUAUCACUGCAGUAAAAACGGCUUUUGCCAAGCUCACAGGUGGCUCCAGUCUGUAAUCAGACUGUUACUACCUAUCUUCAUCCUACUUGAUUUCUCAAAGCUUCUAACAGAGGGGAUCACUCUUAAAACAUUCUCUUACUUUUUCGGAACAUCCCACCUUAUCACUGUAAUUUGGCAGAUUCGUGUCCUCACACAUCAUUAGCAUAAAAUAUUUCCCCUCACCAUGAAGUAUUUCUCACAUCAAGUCAUAACCUUGGCCAUAACUGGAGUAUUUGCUCCUCACAAGCCUCUCUACAUGCAGACCUUCCUGCCAAAGGCUUUCUUGCUUCCACAGUCACAUCCAGGAACAGGGGCAAUCCCUUCAUGUUGCUCCAUGGGAAAGCCAUCUGCAGAAAAGCCAGCUUGCCGCUGGAAUUUUUACUGGAUGUCUUCAGAGAGAUAUGCUACAGAACCAGUUUCAGUGAAUGGGCUUCCACUUACAGCAGAAAAUUUAAUCCUGUGAACUCAGUCACUUGUUUGAAACUCAAUUUGGGAUGAUAGUGGAUCUUUCUCAAUUCAUUAGAAUUCUCUCCCUUUUCUCCUCUGAGUAGAUUUCUAGUGAGGGCAGUGGUGGGGCGAGGCUUGGUUAUCAUCCUAGCAUUGUCUUGUGCUUUCUUCCCUGUGGGCUCUGCUGAGAGUAUAACUGCUUGAUCUACCAGCACAAGCAAUGCACACUGAUCAUUUCAGGAGAGGUUGAGGGUCCUCUCCUAUUGAUGUGGCCUGGCGGGCACUGGUCUGAUGACUUGCUGAAAACUAGCUGCAUCUUCCUUUGCUGACAAGCUGACCACCCCUAGCCUCAUUCACCUUGGACCCUGGUGCUUGGUAGGCACUUCACCAUUCAACUCUUUCUUGGGAACCUUUUGGAUCUCCUCUAGGCCCUGUGAGAUAUAUGUGCAUAAAUGCGUGUGUGGGUGUUAUGUAUAUAUACACACACUCAUAUGUGUAUAUAUAUACACACUUGUGGGUUAGGGGCAGAGGAGGGAGUUGUACAGCUGGUUAUCAAAGCUAUAAAAGGCCCUUUCUAUGUUCAUUUCUAAAGGCCAACGCAUACAGGCUCAGGGCACUAUUGGGCUGUCUUCUCUCAGAAACUCGGGCAGAGCCAAGUCCUUCUGCUCUUAGACCCAAAAUCUACCUAGCAAUUUCUAACAGCCAACACUUUCCACCCUGCAUCUUAUUCCCUACUCCCACAGACUUUCCUAGUUAUCACCUAAAUUCUCUCACCUUUUCUCUCAGAACGUCUCCCCCAGCUUAGAGAGGAAUUUGUCUCUGCAGGUGGGAGGGUCUUUAAAAAAAAAUGAGGCCGGGCACAGCGACUCAUGCCUAUAAUCCCAGCACUUUGAGAGGCCGAGGCAGAAGGAUUGCUUGAUAUUAGGAAUUCAAAACCAGCCUGGACAACAGUGAAACCUUGUUUCUACAAAAAAAUAAAAAAUUAGCCUGUCUUCGUGGUGCCCGCCUGCAGUCCCAGCUACUUGUGGUUCAUAGUCUUUGAAUCUUUAUAUGCAAAGUCAACUUUUUAAGAAUCAAAAAAGAAAAAUGCAUGUAUCUUUUAUUCCAAGCACCUGGUUUUUGCACAAGUACUCCACCUUUCAGACUCUAUCGCUUUUAUUAUAAUUAAAAACAUUGUUUGAAAUUCAGGCUCUACUUGUUCUCCUUUCAAGGCAAUGAAGCCCAUGAGUGGGAAGAAGACUACAGGGCAACAAGAAAAAAAGUGAGAACAUCAUUAUUAUUUUUUUUUGAGAUGAAGUCUCACUCUGUCACCCAGGCUGGAGUGCAAUAGCUUGGUCUCGGCUCACUGCAACCUCUGCCUCCUGAGUUCAAGCGAUUCUCCCGCCUCGGCCUACAGAGUAGCUGGGACUACAGGCACGUGCCACCACACUUGGCUAAUUUUUGUAUUUUUAGUAGAGAUGGGGUUUCACUACAUUGGCCAGGCUGGUCUCGAACUCCUGACCUCAUGAUUCGUCCGCCUCGGCCUCCCAAGGUGCUGGGAUUACAGGCGUGAGCCACUGCACCUGGCCGUGAGAACAUUCUUGAUUUAAAAUGCACAUAUAUAAUCUAGGUAUGCGAUCAUAGCUUCUUUUACUUGCUAUGGUCCCCUUGCCAAAGAAUUCAUGAAAGGAGAAAUCAUAAUUUCUCCACCUUUUAAAUAGCCAGAUUUCUGCAAUCCGUCCACCCCCUCUAGAUUUUCAGCAAUUAUCUGUGAAAAGGAGGAAAGAACAGCAAACUAGAAGCAAAAUCACAAAGCUUCAAAAUUUCUUUGUGCCUCCGUUUUUAUGUAGUUUCUUUUGGUAUGGCAGGAAAAUGGGCAAUAUUGUUUUCAUACAAUAGCUGUAUUUUGUUCCAGCAUGCACAUAAAUUACACAGUUAACCUUAUCUGAUCUUACCUAAAGUGACCUUUUUUUGCUUGAUUAUUCUGAUUCAUGCAUUUUUACAUCAAAGUCUACAUUUAUUGAAAGAAAAAUUUCAUAAUUUAUAUCAUUUAACGUAUUAAUCUUACAGUGCAUGUAUACCUGGAAUGGGAAACGUAACAAUAAGCCAGCCAGCAGUUAAGAGUACGUAACUGUGGGAAAUGUAAAGUGGAAAAAAAAUAUAUAGAAGGAAAAAACAGCUCUAACAGGGAGAGAGGUUUGGGGCCCUAUAGAUAAAUAGGUACAUUUCCACUCCACCUCCGGACAUCUGCCGGUUGGUGGUAAAGUUGUUGAUUUCAGGAAAUUCUAGAGACAGAGCGUUGUCGGGGUGUUGUUUUCCUACUGAGCAGAACAGGAAGGCAAUGCCUGGAUUAACUAGAGACCCAAGAAACUGCGGAAACAAGCCCUACCGCUGCGGGGCCAGGGCCAGCUUCGAAGGCUGCAAGCCUCACGGCAACACGGAGCCAGGUCUUCGUGUGACCUUACUGUCUACUGCUGCUAUGUAAGGGGACUGGCACUCCCGCCCUCCUGAAGGCGCGGAGACCCCGACGGCCUCGGAACGCUUCGCUCGGGCACACUGAAAGCAGCGCGAGACGCAGCUCCCAACACUCUAACAUGGAGGCCGGCUUUUGUUUGUUUUGGCCCCGCUCACACACAGGCGUCUCACGGCGGAGACCAUAGGCCCCGCGGCUGCGGGCGGCUCAAGGUCCCCCGGGACGCCGCCCUAGAGGACUUUGCCCGCCGCGCCCGGCUGCCUCCCUUGCCCGGGCCCUGCCCCUCUCGCCUCUGCUCCCGGCGCCGCAGCUGACCCGGCGGGGGAGGAGGACGGCAGGAGCGCGCGGCGUCACAAAGCGAGGACAGAACGCCCGGGGUUCCGCCGAGACUCGGUCGUCCCAGGCCAGCUCGACUUGCAGUCCGCCCUCGUGGGGCGGGAGACGCCCGACGCCCGCCCACCUCACCCCCGGGGUGCCCUCCGUGGCCUCACGGGGACGCAGCGUCGCAGCGGCUCCGGCGCCGCAAAGCGUCCUGGGAGCGCCGGCUCGCGCCGGAAGAUCGCGAGGGCGCGCGGCGGCGGCGAGGUUAUAAAAGGGAAGAAGCCGGCGGUGGGCGGAAGUGGGCGGUUCGGCGGCUCUGGGCGCUCUUGUUUGGUCUUAGGCCUGCGGAGGGGCGUUAUCUGGAGGGCCGCGGGUGCAGGCCGCAGUGACAGGGCCGCUCGCCCCGCUAGUCCUGCCUGUCUCCCGGUGCAGCUGUGUUCGCGGCCUGCAGGCCCAACAUGGCGCAGGAGGUGUCGGAGUACCUGAGCCAGAACCCGCGGGUGGCAGCCUGGGUGGAGGCGCUGCGCUGCGACGGCGAGACUGACAAACACUGGCGCCACCGCCGGGAUUUUUUGCUUCGCAACGCCGGGGACCUGGCCCCCGCUGGCGGCGCUGCCUCCGCUAGCACGGAUGAAGCUGCCGACGCCGAGAGCGGGACCCGAAACCGGCAGCUGCAGCAGCUCAUCUCCUUUUCCAUGGCCUGGGCGAACCACGUCUUCCUCGGGUGCCGAUACCCUCAAAAAGUUAUGGAUAAAAUACUUAGUAUGGCUGAAGGCAUCAAAGUGACAGAUGCUCCAACCUAUACAACAAGAGAUGAACUGGUUGCCAAGGUGAAGAAAAGAGGGAUAUCGAGUAGCAAUGAAGGGGUAGAAGAGCCAUCCAAAAAACGAGUUAUAGAAGGAAAAAACAGUUCUGCAGUUGAGCAAGAUCACGCAAAAACCUCUGCCAAGACAGAACGUGCAUCAGCUCAGCAGGAAAACAGUUCAACGUGUAUAGGGUCGGCCAUCAAAUCGGAGAGUGGGAACUCGGCUCGGAGCUCUGGCAUCUCCAGUCAGAAUAGCUCUACAAGUGAUGGAGAUCGAUCUGUUUCCAGCCAAAGCAGCAGCAGCGUUUCCUCUCAGGUAACAACGGCAGGAUCUGGGAAAGCUUCUGAAGCAGAAGCUCCAGAUAAACACGGUUCUGCAUCAUUUGUUUCCUUGCUGAAAUCCAGUGUGAAUAGUCACAUGACCCAAUCCACUGAUUCUAGACAACAAAGUGGAUCACCUAAAAAGAGUGCUUUGGAAGGCUCUUCAGCCUCAGCUUCUCAAAGCAGCUCAGAGAUCGAGGUGCCCUUGUUGGGCUCCUCGGGAAGCUCAGAGGUAGAAUUGCCACUAUUGUCUUCCAAACCUAGUUCAGAGACAGCUUCAAGUGGGUUAACUUCCAAAACUAGUUCAGAGGCAAGUGUUUCAUCAUCAGUUGCUAAAAACAGUUCCUCAUCAGGCACAUCCUUACUGACUCCCAAGAGCAGCUCUUCAACAAAUACAUCGCUGCUAACUUCCAAGAGCACUUCCCAGGUAGCUGCAUCACUACUAGCUUCCAAGAGCAGCUCCCAGACCAGUGGAUCUCUGGUUUCCAAAAGCACUUCCUUAGCAAGUGUGUCCCAGUUGGCUUCUAAGAGUAGUUCUCAGACUAGCACCUCACAGUUGCCUUCUAAAAGUACUUCACAGUCAAGUGAGAGUUCUGUCAAAUUCUCUUGCAAGUUAACCAAUGAAGAUGUGAAACAGAAGCAACCUUUUUUCAAUAGACUAUAUAAAACGGUGGCAUGGAAGUUGGUAGCUGUUGGUGGCUUUAGUCCCAAUGUGAAUCAUGGAGAGCUCCUAAAUGCAGCUAUUGAGGCUCUGAAAGCAACACUGGAUGUAUUUUUUGUCCCACUAAAAGAAUUGGCAGAUCUGCCUCAAAAUAAGAGCUCUCAAGAAAGUAUUGUUUGUGAAUUGAGGUGCAAGUCUGUGUAUUUGGGCACUGGCUGUGGAAAAAGCAAAGAAAAUGCAAAAGCAGUUGCAUCAAGAGAAGCAUUGAAGUUAUUUCUCAAGAAAAAGGUGGUGGUAAAAAUAUGUAAAAGGAAAUACAGAGGCAGUGAAAUAGAAGAUCUAGUACUCCUUGAUGAAGAAUCGAGGCCUGUAAACUUACCUCCAGCACUAAAACAUCCUCAAGAAUUACUAUAAUGUGUCCAAAAUAUCACUGCAUACAAUAUCUGGUAUUUGAAGAGAAAAACUGACUUUUGUACAGUAUAAAACACAGGCUUUCACAAAUUUUGUAUUGCUUUUUUUCCAGUUUUGCAGAAAAUUUACAUUCUAGUUCUCUUCACACAGUAGCAGUUGUAAAUAAUUUAUGAAUGACAGUACACAUGAAAAGGUAUGCAUUAGCAGCAUAUUAGUAUGCUGUUUUAUUUGCUGAAGAAAAUACUGUCUUCUAUUUUUAAUGAUACAUUAGGUACGAUGUGUAGUUCGGUAGAGUCCUAAAAUUUUUGUACUACUUUCAAUUUGGUGAAAAUGUAUUAAGUUGUCUACCAUGUUUUCUUUUCUAGCUGAAUAAACCACAUCAAAGAAAAGGGACCACAGUAUUUGAAUGUUUGAAAGUCUGUAAAGCUUAAGGUUUUAAAAAUGUUGCCCGUAAUGUUGAACAUGUCUGUUAAAAAAUAAAAGAAAAAAUAGUUGCUUCAAACUAUUUUUAUGAGAAGUUGUAAGCAUUUUUUAGAUAUAAAGCAGUAUAAAGUACUUGUUAUUUUACUCUGAAGUUGUUUAAAAUUCACCAUGACUUUGACCGCUGAAGAUUCUUUAAGCGGGUUAAUUUAUGUUUUGAGGUGGAAUACAAUUUACACUUUUUUCUUAAAAACAUGAAUGUGGGUUUCUAUAUUAAGCAUAUUUUGUGACUACUAUUAACAGAUUGAUUUGUUUAGAUAUUAAAUGCUUUAAGCUAUUUUACCUUUUCAA